AUGGUCCACGGACUUAGAACAAAUGAGAAGAUUGCAGCGGAGUGUAUGGCAAUAAAAACCGACAUGUCGAAAGCCUAUGACAGAGUGGAAUGGAAUUUCUUGGAGGUUCUAAUGGAAAAAAUGGGCUUUGAUCAUAUUUGGAUCAAAUGGAUAAUGGCCUGUGUCAGCUCUGUUACCUUUUCGGUACUCUUGAAUGGGAACUCUCAUGGCUUUAUCAGACCAGAACGUGGAAUCCGGCAAGGCGAUCCUUUGUCACCUUUCCUAUUUAUUCUUUGUGCUGAAGCCCUAGUAAGCAGGCUAAACACCUCGGAGUCCUCUGGCCUACUUCACGGUAUCAAACUGACAGAGUCGUGCCCUUCAAUUCAUCACUUGUUGUUCGCAGACGACAGUCUCCUCCUCUGCAAGUCGUCUACUGCUGAAGCGGAGGAAGUAAUGCGCUGCAUCAAGGUAUAUGGGGAAGCUUCAGGGCAAAUGGUGAAUUUCCAGAAAUCAUCAAUUAUUUUUGGAUCGAAGGUACCUGAGAAUAUAAAGACGUCGAUACAGAACAUCACUGGAAUUGACACUAUAGGUGGAGAAGGUAACUACCUGGGUCUCCCAGAAUGCUUUAGUGGAUCAAAGAGAAAGUUACUGAGCUUUAUUCGGGAGAAGUUACAAGGCCGUCUCAAUGGCUGGUUCUCUAAAGCCUUAUCACAAGGUGGCAAGGAAAUCCUAAUUAAAUCAAUCGGCCUAGCCUUACCCAUUUUUGCAAUGUCAUGCUUUAAACUUCCUAAAGAAGUUUGUGCAAAGUUGACAAGUGCAAUGAUCGAGUUCUGGUGGAGCAGUGGAAAUAAUAGGAGAAAAAUCUCAUGGGUAGCUUGGCAAAAAUUAUGCAGAGACAAGGAGGUUGGAUGCCUUGGCUUUAAAGAGGUAGAAAAAUUUAAUCAAGCUCUGUUGGCCAAACAAGCAUGGAGGAUAUGGAACAAUCCCAGCUCCUUAGUUGCACGUAUACUGAAGGCGAGAUACUUCAAAAGAUCGAACUUUCUCGCCAGCGGUAUAGGAUCACGCCCUUCUUAUGCUUGGAGGAGCAUCUUGCACGGAAAGGAACUGUUAGAGCAAGGUCUUACCAAGGUUGUGGGGAAUGGCAAAGGAACGAAGGUAUGGCUAGACAGAUGGAUCAUGGGCCCAGUUCCAAGAGCACCAUUGUAUCGUCAAGAUGCUGAUGUUGACCUUACACUCAGAGUCAGUGACUUGAUGGUUCUCAAUUCCAGUGUUUGGGACACUCGCAAACUACAAGAGCUGUUUGUUGAUGAAGACAUUCCGCUUAUACUUCAGGUGAACAUUCACAGAGAUAAAAACGAUGACCUAUGGUGGGGGCUCUCGAGGAAUGGUGUGUACGAUACGAAGAGUGGCUAUAAGUUAGCGGAAUGUAUCGCCGACAUGAACUCAGGGCAACAAUGCUCCCUCCCUCCUCUAGAGAAACAGCUUUGGAAAGACAUAUGGAAAACGAAGACAUCACCUAAACUCCGUCACUUUCUGUGGCGAAUUUUAUCUGGAGCCCUUGCAGUGAAACAUCAACUAGUCUCUAGGGGCAUUCCUACUGUUUCAAGAUGUCCGGUAUGUCAACAAGGUCCUGAAACGAUUUGCCAUAUGCUCUUCCAAUGCCCAUUGGCGAAAGAAGUAUGGGAACGUUCAGCUUUUCCUCUCCCCCAUGCUGGUUUCUCAACAUCCUCGACGUUCUUGAACAUGUACCACCUCCUGGCAAAUAGUAAAAAACCUUCCUUGAACCCCAAGAUUCGCCUAGCAUUUCCUUGGAUACUAUGGCAGAUAUGGAUGGCUCGAAACUUGUUUUGUUUUGAGCAAAGACGCCUCAAUGCUGAAGCAGUUAUUGACAAAGCUAUGGAGGAAGCCGCAGUUUGGUUGCAUUUGCAUUCUUUUAUUCCAGAUGACCCUCCUGAGAUCACAGUGGAAGAGAAGACAUCACAGGCUUGGGAGAAACCACCACUGGGAUACUUUAAGUGCAACGCGAGCACGGUGUGGGAAGCACAAACUGGUAAUGUCGGUGCAGCUUGGAUUGUUAGAGAUUCUUUUGGGGAAGCUUUAUUUCAUAGUCGACGUUCCUUUGUCGGAAUUCGGUCUCAGGUGGAAGCUACUAUGAUCGGCAUGGUGUGGACAACAGAAGCUCUGAAUGACAUUCAGGUGAGGAGAAUCAUUCUUGAAACCUCUUCUCCCCAAGCUCAGAAGAACUUUUCUCAGGCAUCCCUUCCAUGGAGCCUAAACUCACUUUGGAAGAGAUUUCGGAGAGCUCUGGAUCGGUUUGAAACUUAUCGAGUGGUUCGCAUCAAUGACGGGUGUAACACAAUUGCUCAAAACAUUGCAGAGAGUGCCUUGCAGGUCCAAUGGCAGCAAUCUUAUUUGGCAAGGAAUGGCCCGGAAUGGCUCGAUGCUCGUAUCAAUAUGGAAGCAUCAGUUGUGGUAUAA